AGCACCUUCAGUCCUCGAAAGCAAGUAUAUAAAGGUAUGUUGUACAGUUACUGUUAUUAGGGGUUUAAAAGAGUUUAUUUUCUGUUGAAAAGUGAAUUUGUACAUGUAGACCGAAACCUUAUAAUAUAUUAGCGAAUACAUGAUACAUUAUUGUAACUAUAUUAAUAUUUGGUUAACAUGCUUAUGUAAACCAAGAAUACAUUUCGCAUAUAAGCACGUACGUAAUAUCAUUGGUAUACCUUUACCAAACUGGUUUUCUCGUGUCCGUAAGCUUUAUAACAAACGUAACUAUGAUAACAAAAUACGUAAAUGGAAGUUUGAGCUUUGUCUUUACAUUAAAUGCAUAUACUGUAGAGAUUAGGAUAAAUAAAUUCAAACUUAUAUAUUUGCAUGGUGAUCUAAACCAGCUUAUGGCCAGUGUUCCGCCACUAUAAAUACGCUAAUAUUAUUACAUGUUUCGUUUACAGUCUAAGGAGGGAAUUUUCCGUUGUAAGGGAGAAUUUAUUAUUUAUAUAGCUAUAUAAUUUCCAAGCUUAUUGUAGCGUAACUCGAGUCGUGAAAGAAUAAGGAAUGUGCUGAACUUUGCAGUUUCAUAAUAAGCCUCUUCAAAAGCUCUCACUGUAUCAGAAAUGACCAGUUUUAUGGAUUAUUUAAGUGUUUUUAUAGUAUAUAAUUUACAGGUUGUAAGUAUAUCAUACAUAAACAUUUCAUUUUGUAUUUGUUUUGCCGGUAACGGGAAAUUUGUUGUAGUUGAAUGUCCUAUAGCUACAGGGGGAUAUUAAAAUCACAGUAUGGGGGUUCACAUAUUUCACAUGAAUGUGCAUACAUGUGCCAGUAUAUAAUGGCUCAUGAUUGUUUUCAUUGUCAUUUAUCUUGUAAAAUUGUUUCAAAUAUAUUGAUUUUUAAUGUCAUCUAACGAAAUGCGGUUCAAGUUUCACUGUUAAGCGAUAGUUUGCUUUGUCCGAAUGAGAAAACAAUGUUCAGUGUUGAGUGUUAAACUUGAAAUACUUGCGAAUACAGAGAUACGAGAAAGAUUUUUCUACUAGCCUACGAUCGGAGAUCAAAGAUUAUCUAACCAUAUAGUUUCCUAAACUUUAAAUUUAAGAUAUUGCAAUCGGAUGAUGAUUUUUAUAAACUUAAUAGUAUAGUUUUUUAAUCCUAUAAGCUGGCAGCUUGUGAGUUGUGUCGUGAGUUACGGUUAACCGCAUGUGUGCAUGAAGAACCACGACAUAUAUAUAUAUUCCUCUACCUUCAUUUAGUUCAUUAUUCUGCCGUAUGUGACUUGCGUUUACUAUGUACGUACUCACUGAACAGUGUACCUUGUGGGAUUGUUUGACUUUCCCUAUACUAUAACGAAGUUUUAGUUUUGUAUAAUGAGAUGCUACUCCAAAAGUGUAACUUGACAUUUUGAUGACUAAAUAUCGUCGAAACGUCGAACAACACCUUUCAAAAUGUGUACCAUUUUUGGAGUGACUAUAAUUGUUUUGUGUUUGAUUUAAAUAUUCAAUGCAUGCAUGCAUGGUUGCCGUACUUUUUGUAGGGUAUAUGGAUUUGACCUUUUGUGCAGGGUAUAGGCAAUACAUUUGAAGUUUUUCAGUGCUUUGCAAGCAUGACUGCAUUGUUUAUAAAAACUCUCUCACUAGCUUCAGUUGUCUCUUUUAAUAUUGAUUGAACGUUUAUGUUCAUCUAAUCAUGAUAUGAGACACUCUAUCUCAAAGUUUUCUUCGAGGUUUUGUUUAAUACUGCAGCAUGAUAUUAAUCCUGGCCGACUACGUUGUAAGUACAAGUUUAUAUCAGUUCAUUUUCAAUGCCUUAAUUCAGAAUGCUAUGUUCAGCAUUGAAAACAAGGACAAGGUCACUUAUGGAUAAGACAAAACGGCACAACUGUAAAUUCAGUAAUUCAUUGUUAUAGAGACAUGGAUACAUAAUAUUUAGGAGACCAGGGGAGCUAUAUAUAAUGUUCGAUAAUGUAUAUAAAUUACAGAAGACCUGCAUGUUGAAAAAUUCGCGGAGACUAUAGACACUAUACUUGUAUGAUCCCCGUUUCAACAAAUUUUCGUUUCUUUACUUGAAACGUGUCUUCAAUUUGCUGCGGAGACAGAGUAAUCUGCUUCCAAUUUUUUCUGAUGAUGUUCACUCACCAUGCACGAUGUCACGUUGUCCUCGUAUAUGCAGUUUGUCAAUGACAUAUAUGUAGAUCAUUAUUGGUUAUAUUAUAGCCAAUAAUAUAUUAUUGGUUUCCUAAAACUCACCGCUUACCUCAGUGUGCGAAAUGCAAACCAAAUCAAUGGCAAUAUUAUCCCAACAACUGAGUGCUCGAUUUGAGACUCACGUAUAUCAUAAGGCAAAACGAAAUUUAUUCAACGUUGAAUCAACGUCGGAAAUGAUCUCCCAGACGUUGGAUAGACGUUGAAAAAGGAUAGGCAGGUGUAAAAGUCGGAUCGGAUUGCCAGUCCGGGUCGGAUUAGGUCGGAUCGUGCACUGUAUAAAAGUCGGACCGGAUCGCCAGUCCGGGUCGGAUUAGGUCGGAUCGUGCAGGUAUAAAAGUCGGACCGGAUCGCCAGUCCGGGUCGGAUCGUGCAGGUAUAAAAGUCGGACUGGAUCGCAUUGAUGACCGAAUCGCUAGUCCGGCCGUGCCAAAUUGCCAAAACGAAAAUACACGCUUCACAUGUGAAAUUUGAAGAUGCAGAACUCUGAUCAGAAACAUCUACACUAUUGUUUUCAUUAGACAUUAUACUUAUAUGCAGCUUUAUUAUCACAAAAUUUUAAAAUAGCCAUGGCAAUAGCUGGAUUCCGUCUGGUAUAAGUAUGAAACGAAAACUAUCGGACGGAUAAACUCGAAAAAAUAGGAGACCCUCGCCAUCCAAGUUUCUUUUGAACGUUACGAGCAGAAAUCCGUCUUGAUUUAUUCGUCUUAUAUAAAUUUAAGACGGAUUUCCGUCUAAGACGAGAAACUCGUCAGACGGGAAAGUUAGACAGAAAAGUUGAAACGCGGAGAACCCAUCGUUAACCGGAUUUAUACCAAGACGAGUUUCUGGUCUGAGACGAGUUUCCCGUCUUGGACGGAAAUCCGUCUUCUAAUAUGAAUUCAGCUAAUGACGCGUAGACGUAAACAAUGGGACUCGACUAAUAUAAAGCAAAGCUUAAAGUAUAAUUCACCGUCUUUCCAUAACAUUUUCCCAACACAAGGCUUUUAAAGUGCCCCUAACCUGUUCUAUCCAUUUUUCCGAUUUGCCAGUUGCCACGCUGUGUAAAUAACGCGGGAAAGAAUGUAAACUUCCAUUUGUGUAAGUAACAUUUCCCGGAAUAUCCUGUAUUUCUAAAUUUUCUAAAGAUCCGACCUGAUCCGACUUGGUCCGACCUAAUCCGACCCGGACUGGCGAUCUGGUCCGACUUUUACACCUGCCUAAAAAGGAUUGAAAAUGCAAAUUGGAUCGACGUUACUCUUUUGACGUUAAAACAACUUUGAGAUUAGGUUGCCAAUCUCGUCAACCAUAAUUCAACUUUGAAUUCGUGUUGAAACAACGAGUUGAGAUUAUACUUCACAAGUUGACGUCGCGUACGUAUAUCAACCAUGAAUGGACGUUGAUUCGACGUUUGUUAGCUGCUGUUGAACCAACGUUUGUAACUGAAACAACAUCAGAGCAACGUUAAUAGGUUGUCGUCGUCGCAAGUUCGCAACCUUUUUUCUACCAAAUUGCAACGUUGAACCAACGUCAUGUGCCCGGUGUGCCGUCACUAUUCUGAUUUCAACUUAAAAUUGAUUUGGUUUGCAUGCUGUAUCUAAUAAUAAUAUGACUAUAAAUGGUUAUAAACAUAUUAAAGAUCCGCGCAACUUAAAUAAUUUCAGGGAAAUUCUGCGGAUAUUUACGCACAUGCAGCGUAGAAUAUUCAAAAACAAGAGGAUAUUUAAAACAUUUCUAAGCUUAUUCUUGCAUGUUUUUCCUGAUAUAUUUUCCACGAGAAACAAUAAAAAAACCCAAUUGCGCAAACUUCGAGGAAGCAGUUUAAACCCAGUUUUGUUCUCUUUAAACUCGAUAGCUAUAGCUAGCCAUUAAUAUACGUGAUAAAGUAAGAUGCGAAAGUUAAUUGACAAACAUGUAGUUAUAUUAAUAAAUUAAUCUUACUGCAAAAUUAAUAUAUGUCAUCACUGCAAAUUUUUACUGUUUAUCAUUGAACACUUCCACUUUACCACUGCACAAAUUUGAUUAUUGCAUUGCGCACUAAAAUUUGGAAAAUCAAAAUUCUUCUAGUAUACAGCCAAUUCAAAACGGGUUGUCUAGCUUUGCAAACCUUAAACUCCAAACCUUAAAUUAAACCCUAUAAGUUCGCACUAAACCCUAUAUGGGAGCACAAGUUCAUUAAACCAUAUAUGGGAGCACAAGUUCAAGCUUAGUAGUUGAAUACUGCAAGCUUAGUAGUUGAGUAUUGCAGCUUUUACCAUGUCAAUGACCAUGUCUCUAAGAAAUGGCCAAUAUCAAAUGGGCCCCAUAUAUGAUUUCUAAACUGAUUAAAUGAUAUAUGCUCUCAUUAUGCUUUGCACGCUUAGAGUUUAAGGUUUAGAGUUUAAGGUUUGCAAAGGACAACCUUUUUUGAAUUAGCUGUUAAGGCAUUAUUUUCAGUUUAGAACUAGUUGUAUUUGUUUUGAACUUAUAUAUAUUCACUUAGUAUCAGGUUCACUGUAAUUGAUGCAAUUAUCCAAAUCUUCUCUUUCCAAAGUCACUCACCUGUAAUAUUGAAAUUUGUGACAUGCAUUGAAAUUUGUGACAUGCAAUCGUAAAACAUUCAGGCAUGGGCAAUUUUAAUGAAAUUUGACACGUACACUAAAUAUAAGUAGCUAGGAGUUAUGCAUGACCAUGAGGUUAAUCUAAUAAUCCGAUCAUCUUUAACGUGCCCGAACCCAUUUUAUUUCGUCUCAUUUUACGACACAAUCCAAUUAAUUCCAUGCCUUUUUUGGUAUACCAGUAUAGCGGCGUCAAUGGGAGGAUUGCGGAGGAAACGUCCCCCUCCCCAGUCCUGCUCAAGAUCAAGGACAAAUCACAAAGACAUAUUUAUUUCGUACCCUUUUUUACAACUUUACAAUUUCAAUAUUAGAUGUAUUUACAAUUUGAAUGUUAGAUGUAUUUACAGUAUAUAUUUAGGGUACAGACAAUACUUGAAAUAACUAUACAAAGCUAAUCAUACCAGGUAGUCUGAAUUUUCUAAUUCUUCCUAAUCCGAUAGAAAGUGGCGGAAACAAAAACAAAUCUAGUCAACAACACAGAACUCAGUAUGUUAUUGGACAUAUUUAAAUUAAGUUUGCAAAACCUUGUAAGCUUCUCUCGUAAAUAGGCUAACGAUUAUAUAGAUUAAAUAGUUAUGCACAACCUCGUUCCCAGGCAUGCAGUGUAAUGAACUCAUUGUGAGACGAAGCUGGAUCUGAUUACUUACCGACGUAAUACUAAUACAAUGAGGUCCGUUGGCACCCAAUUCACACGUUUAGUCGGAUAAUCAGCCAAAUGCCUAGCUACCACUGUUCUCAUUAUACGUGCAUGCAUAUAUAAUAAUGGAACAAAUAAAACCAAGUAUCUAAAUGACACAUGUGAGUAAAUUUGGGGGCAACAUGUAGCUAUAGGCAUGCCAUAAACAUGGCAGCCCAUGACGUAAUAAGCCAUAUGGUUUCUACUUGGGCUUCCUCGCCACAUGUAUCUUCAUUAAUGUAUACGUUUCUCUUGUAAAUGAUUCUUUUUUGUGGCAAUUGAAUUGAAUUGAACCAUAAACAUCGUGGAAACCGUAUUGUUUAUUUUGAUAACCGAGUAUUUAUCUUGUUAUGAUUGCCAGUUUUGUGCUAAUGGUUUUCCCUUUAUCUUUGAAUUUUCGGAUGCAUUUAAUCGGCCGAUUAAUAUAAACGUUGUACAACUAUGUAGGAAUCAGUGGGAUGUUGCAAUGAAAAUGUUUUUGUCUGUAGCAAUUUCAUAACAAUUUCAAUACGAAUGCCAGUUGAAACAGCUGUUUAUGGUCUUGUUUAUAACCUUCAAUUGCCUAUUCAAAAUAGCUAAUUUAUGCAUUAAGUACGUAUAUACUGAUAAGCUUCUUUGUAUAACCUAAAUAUAUUGACACACGACGUUCCGUUUACAAACAAUCUCACAAGUCAAGCUGAACAUUUACUGAUGGAAUGCACCAGUCGGGGGUGCCUUAAUUCGGAAAUUAUAUUGUCAAAAACUGUUUAUAAUAUAUGCAAAACCUCAUAGUUUAGAUGUUUAUCAUGCCUUUGCAUGGUUAUAACUACCGGUCUAUAAGUAAAGUAACAUGUGAGUAAAUCCAUCUGUUUAAUAAAUUUUGACUGGCGAGUCUAGUGUCAUGUUACACGACGUCUAGCUUGUUACAUUCAACACUUCCUUAUAAUUUCCUAAUGUUAUUUCGAUUAUAGAUCGUGAAUUUUGGUUCUAAAAUGGAUAUUCAAGCGAUAUUAGUGGUAAGUACUUAUGACCAGAUAUUUAUAUUAUAGCUCUUUGUUGUUAUUUUGUGUCGAUAGAUUUAAUGUUCGAAAUAGUCACAACUUCAGGUCGUAUUGGGCAUUAGCUGGUCCAUUGACAUGAAAUAUAACCAUUGACAGUAUUGUAUAUGUCGUCUGUGUUUCAUUGGAUUAAAUUAAGUGAUUUAAAAACCACAGCCGUUGCGCGUUGGCAAAGUUCCUGUAUACGGACAGACGUGAUGGCAGUUUUAAAUUGAUUCGGCAUUUGGUUGAGCUAGAAAAGAUAUUUGAGUUGUUUCGACUGAUAUUACUGUGUAUUGAUAGUCUUUGGUUAACGUCUUUUCUUCUCCAAACAUGGUUCAUAAAUUAUCCGUAACGUUUGUACAUUGUACAAGAACUCACAAGACUAACUCUGUGUGUAUCGGAAUAAAUUGAAUAAUUUCCAUCACAGGCUGAAGACAAUGUAUAUAUAAUAUUAUAUUCCUGGUCAAAAGACAUCAUCAUAACUUAAUAUAAGUGCAUUUAGCAUCAAAAUAUUAUUCAAGCUAGCUUCAAUUGAAUUAGGAAACCGAACUUACUUUGUAAAACUAUAUUUCUUUCGACACUUGGUACCAAUUGACCUAUCGAGUUAACUGUUCAAAUCCAUAUUUAAGUGUACGAGAGUUUCUCUGUGUGCCAGCGCUAUUCCAGACUGCGAGAAAUUCCUAGCUAUAGAGUAUAGGCCUCUGCAUUUAAGUAUGAUUGAUUUCCAUUUGGAUUUCUGCUUGUCUGAGGAAAAUGUUAUUCAGGAAUCUGAAUGUAGCUAUCUAUUAAUAUAGUCAUAGAUCUAGAGUAUAAGUAUAGCUUAAAUAAUUGUGUCAAAUUAUUAUCUAAAUCACUGAUGUAAAUUUGAUUAGAAAAUGCUUUAAGUGACAUGUGGAAAGACCGACUUAUUUCGUUGUCACAAAAGCCCGUUUCAGACAGCGUCCUUUUCAUGUGCCGAACUUUAUUCAUUAUUAGAUGCGCCGAUGCUGGGCGAUACAAAAAUGGCAGUGAUCAAAACGGCGUACAAAAUACAAAUGUUCGUGUCUAUUGAUAAGUUUGGGUACAAUCGCGUGAAAAUUCUGAAUAAAAUUCAAAACAAAUAAGUCAUUUUUUUAUUUUAAGAUACUCAUUGCUAAUCUAAUGCUAUAACAACAAAGACGAGCAUGUUUGACACAUGAGUGGAGCUGAGUUUAAAUUAAAAACUCAAGUUAAUAAAAAUAUUAGAUCAACUCAAUGUUUCUUCGGUACAUGUUGGUAUAUUAAGCCGGCACGUUUCAGACGCGUAAUGAAUCACUUAUAAAUAUGGCAGAAUUUGGAGCGACAAAAGUUCCACACAAAUUCGAGUGACAAUGUGACAUUGAUUUAAAUGACUAUACAAAUGAGCAUACAUUAUGGAACAUGCACCCCUGGCCUUCUUCAUAUAUAAUAUAAGCAUACAGAGACGUAAUUGAGGCCUUUUAUUAAUAGAUCCACGAGUCAUACCAUAUAUUUUUAUAGCUUCGAAAAAAUCAUAACGUGGCUGCUCGCUUUCGAAACCCUUUUCCCGUUGCAACUUUAAAUGCAAAACAUCCUCGAUAUAUACGUCCAAGUACUUCCUUAUAUAUUGCAUAAUAUUGCUUAAAUUUUGUUCAUAGUCACAGAUUUAUCAUUUAUGAAUAUACAUGCAGUUCAACAUGUGUUCUUCAUCUGGCUCGUUGUAAAUGGCAUGGACAUGCAUGUACUUAACCUCAUUACACUUGGUGGGAGAUAAUUGUUAUAAGUGUUGAAACGUUGUGUGACAAAGAUUAAUACCGAUUUCAUAGAAGUUACAGUCAUAUAAAUUGAGUGCUGAAGAGUCCAUUGAAAGUGGUGUCAUACAUAUAUAUAGGCUCAUCAAGAACGCAAUUUAAAUAACACUUUAAUUCCAUAUAAAGAUCAUGUUGUUAAUCAUGCAGGAUUUUGGUACAGACCAUGAAAAUAUAGAAUUACCAAUAUUUUCAAAACAUUUUAUAUAAUAAAGUCGAAUUAUAUAUCGACAAAGAGUUUGCAGUGCAGGGCAGAGUUGCAUGCAGUUGUGGUAUGCAAUAGUUGUAAUAUGCAAUGCCAAAUUAAGAGGCAAGCUUGCAAGCAAAACACCAUUCCCCAUUGGGGCAAAAGCGCGAUAAAUGAUAUUGACUAUUACAUACAGGAUAUUUUAGCUUAAUAAAAUCUGAUUAGCAUGCAUAUAUCAUGCCAAAAACCACACCUUUUUCCUUUCGAUUUUACAGAUUUGAGAGCGUUUUUAUUCUAGUGAAUUCUCUAUCGUGUUUCAAAAAGUUAUAACGCUUAUCACUUAAAGUUUAUUAGAUAAUAUUCAGAUGUUCUAUAUUUUAGUUUUUGAAGUGCAAACGUCAUACUACUACGUGCAUACAAACUUAUUGACUCAUCUAGUUAUAGGGCUCUUCCGAACCAAUAUAUACAAUAUCCAUUAUUUAAAUUAGAACAUAUAUACUUAGUGGUUAUUUAAAAUUGUGUUCCUCAAAGUUUGUUGGUAAAUUGUAUUGAGUCACGAGCAGGGGUGCAGUAGCUACAUUCCCCAAUUGGGGAUGUUGGAGUGUAACACCCCCCCCCCCUCCCCGGCCCCUAUUCAUCAUAGAUUUGGCAAAUGUCUGCAUGAAUGCUAGACUCAGCGAAUGUCUGCUGGAAUCGGCAAGUUGUUUUCGGAUUUAUCGGAAAAUUGUUUUCGUGGUGAGCGAAAAUAUUCGAGUGGCUCGAUCUGAAUUAACAAUUCUGCUAUGUAGGAAAAACGUUUUGCAUUUUGGGAGAAACUGAUUAUGAUAUGCCCGGAAAUGUCGUCUGUGUUUCAUUGGAUUAAAUUAAGUGAUUUAAAAACCACGGCCGUUGCGCGUUUUCAAAGUUCCUGUAUACGGACGUACGUGAUGGCAGUUUUAAAUUGAUUCGGCAAUGAUUUCGGUAGAGCUAGAAAAGGUAUUUGAGUUGUUUCGACCGAUAUUAUUGUGUAUUGAUAGUCUUUGGUUAACGUCUUUGCUUGUCCAAACAUGUGCUCGUGAAUUAUCCGUAACAUUUGUACAUUGUACAAGAACUCACAUGACUAACUCUGUGUGUAUCUGAAUAAAUUGAAUAAUUUCCAUCACAGGCUGAAGAUAAUAUAUACAAUAUUAUAUUCGUAGUCAAAACACGUCAUCAUAACUUAAUAUAAAUGCAUUGAUCAGCAUCAAAAUAUGAUUCAAGCUAGCUUUGAACUAGGAACCCGAACUUACUUUGUAACUCUAUAUCUCUUUCGACACUUACGGUACCAAUUGUCAAUUGACCUAUCGAGUUAACUGUUCAAAUCCAUAUGUAAGUGCACGAGAGUUUCUCUGUGUGCCAUCGCUAUUCGCGACUGCGAGAAAUUCCUAGUAGCUAAAGAGUAUACGCCUUUGUAUUUAAAUAUAAUGGAUUUCCUUUUGGAUUUCGGCUUCUCUAAGGAAAGUAUUAUUCAGAGAAUCUGAAUGUAGCUAUAUGUAUCUAUUAAUAUAGUCACAGAUCAAGAGCAGCUUAAUUGUGUCAAAUUAUUAUCUAAAUCACUGAUGUAUAUUUGAUUAGAAAAUGCUUUAAAGACAUGUGGAAAGACGAGCCGACCUAUUUCGUUGUCACAAAAGCCCGUUUCAGAAUUCAGACAGCGUCCUUUUAAUGUGCCGAACUUUAUUCAGUAUUAGAUGCGAUGCUGGGCGAUACAAAAAUGGCAGUGAUCAAAACGGCGUACAAAAUACAAAUGUUCGUGUCUGUUGAUAAGGUUGGGUACAAUCGCGUGAAAAUUCUGAAUAAAAUUCAAAACAAAUAAGUCAUUUUUUUAUUUUAAGAUACUCAUUGCUAAUCUAAUGCUAUAACAACAAAAACGAGCAUGUUUGACACAUGAGUGGAGCUGAGUUUAAAUUAAAAACUCAAGUUAAUAAAAAUAUUAGAUCAAUUCAAUGUUUCUGUGUUGGUACAUGUUGGUAUAUUAAGCCGGCACGUUUCAGACGCGUAAUGAAUCACUUAAAUAUGGCAGAAUUUGGAGCGACAAAAGUUCCACACAAAUCCGAGUGACAAUGUGACAUUGACAUUGAUUUAAAUGACUAUACAAAUGAGAUACAUUAUGGAACAUGCACCCCUGGCCUUCUUCAUAUAUAAUAUAAGCAUACAGAGACGUAAUUGAGGUCUUUUAUUAAUAGAUCCACGUGUCAUACCAUAUAUUUUUAUAGCUUCGAAAAAAUCAUAACGCAAAAGCGCGAUAAAUGAUAUUGACUAUUAUACAUACAGGAUAUUUUAACUUAAUAAAAUCUGAUUAGCAUGCAUAUAUCAUGCCAAAAACCACACCUUUUUCCUUUCGAUUUUACAGAUUUGAGAGCGUUUUUAUUCUAGUGAAUUCUCUAUCGUGUUUCAAAAAGUUAUAACGCUUAUCAGUUAAAGUUUAUUAGAUAAUAUUCAGAUGUUCUCUAUUUUAGUUUUUGAAGUGCAAACGCCAUACUACUACGUGCAUACAAACUUAUUGACUCAUCUAGUUAUAGGGCUCUUCCGAACCAAUAUAUACAAUAUCAAUUAUUUAAAUUAGAACAUAUAUACUUAUAAUGGUAGUAUUUAAAAUUGUGUUCCUCAAAGUUUGUUGGUAAAUUCUAUUGAGUCACGAGCAGGGGAGCAGUAGCUACAUUCCCCAAUUGGGGAUGUUGGAGUGUAACAACCCCCCCCCCCCGGCCCCUAUUCAUCAUAUAUUUGGCAAAUGUCUGCAUGAAUGCUAGACUCAGCGAAUGUCUGCUAGACUCAGCAAAUGUCUGCUGGAAUCGGCAAAUUGUUUUCGGAUUUAUCGGAAAAUUGUUUUCGUGGUGAGCGAAAAUAUUCGAGUGGCUCUGAAUUAAAAAUUCUGCUAUGUAGGAAAAACGUUUUGCAUUUUGGGGUAAACUGAUUAUGAUAUGUCCGGAAAUGUUUGUAUUUUAGGAAAAAUUAUGAUAUGUCCGGAAAAAUGUUAGUAUUUUAGGAAAAAUUAUAUGUCUGUAAAAAUUUUCCGGCAAAAUUUGCCUUGAUGACUUGGCAAUAUUAACUUACACCCCCCGUCCCCCAUUCAAGGAAGUUUAGCGACGCCCCUGGUCACGAGUGGUAAAUUUUGGUUUAGUAUCCAAGUCAUUCCACAAGGAACAACAUGCACGACAGUGAAAACUCCUCGAUCCACUGCAUGGCCGUGAUAUAUAGAUAAACAUUCAUUAAUUGGGAGUCUCUCGUAAUUCUUGAACUAACAUCAGCUCUUUUAACAAACUUAAUUACCUAAUAGUAAUAAAUUAUCUGGGACACAGCCUGCAGUCAUACAUUUAAAAGCCAAUUUCCAAGCUGCAUGUAGCUACAGUUGUUUUCUCACUGAACAUUGCCAAUUGCAGUCUAAUUGCUUUAAAUCUGGAGUGAUGUAAUCAAAUUUCUUACCACCACUAAAAAUUCUACAGGAAAAACUCUGCACAGAUUAGAAUUUAUCUAGAUUGAAUUUGGAAGUGUUGUUCCAUACAUUGGAGUCAAGUCAGUUCCCUUCAAGAAAGAGAAUCUGCUUUCAUUGACAUUGUUGUCGACUAGUAUAAAAAUUUAACUAACAAAUUUUUAUUGACAACUUUUAUCACACACAGGAUUUUAGUCGUCGACAACACCAAAGUUGUCGACAACGAUUUAAUUCGCUAGACUGCGGAGGCCCUCAAAUAUGCGCGUUUUGCAUACACUUCCAUCGUCACGUCAUAUAUACAUAUAUAUAUAUAUAUACAGAUAUAUAUAUAUAUACAUAUAUAUAUAUAUAUAUAUAUAUAUAUAUAUAUAUAUAUAUAUAUAUAUAUAUAUAUAUAUAUAUAUAUAUAUAUAUAUAUAUAUUGCUUUCUUUUUCCAGGUUCUCUUUUGCUUGGUAUGUAUCCAACAUGUUGAGCUAGCGAUCAGUAAAUGCAAUAAAUGUCCCCCCGGUACAUUUGUUCUGGCACGCUGUAACAAGACAGCACAGACGAUCUGUGAACCAUGCAAGGUAAGAGCAUUCAUAAACUCUUAUAAAGGCAUGCUGAGAAAAGCGUGGUUAUUGAACAGCGUGUGGCUAACAAUGAUUCAAUAAAUAAUACAACUUGUAGGUGACACAGUAUGAGGCUUUGCUGCCAGUGUUUUGUACAUGUGCCUUUAAUUUGCCACCGCAAACAGGAGAUCUCUUAUUAGUAAUAAGAAGUCUAGUAGAUUAUUAUAAUUUCAGUGAUAUAAUCUUGAAUGGUCAGCGCCUAUAGGUACAGUGCAAACAAUAACAACAAAAAUUGAUAGGAUGCAACUACCUGAAAAAUUCAAGGAGAACUUCGACGUUUCGAGCUAAGGCCCUUCGUUGGGAAGUUAUAGCAAAGCGAAGAGGCUUCUCCUUAUAUUUUCAGGAAUUUUGUUUCAGUCGCGUGAAGUGCUGCGAUUAUGAUUAUAUACGAAACACCACGCAGGUUUUUUCUGGAUCGAUACUGAUUACACUAGAUGUUGCACAGCACACUCCCUAUCAGGGUUUUUCAGCUGUGACUGGUUACAUUAGAACCGAAACUGGCGUGAAGCAGACCGAGGUAGACUGUGAGCUUACAAAUGGCGCUUUAAGCAGCCGCUAUUAGUCCACACCCGUGAAUCUGCACUCUGACCUAUGUGUUAACCCACCCUGUCAACUUUCCCUGUGGAAGGAAACCGGCGAACUCGGAAAAAACCCACGACUUUCGGCAGAGCGUUGACUUUGACUCUUUUCACAUGAGCUAGGACUUGGUUCGAGUCGCAUUGAGAAGCCAUAUAUAUCCGAUUCUCCUUCUGUAGAAACACUUAACAAUUAUAUAUUCUAUAUGGAGAACAGAUAUUAGAACUGUGCUCUGCAUGCAUGCAUGUCCUACCCGUUCAACCGGACAAUGGAACAUACGAAUACAUAUUUAUAUUUAGUAUAAAUUUUGCAUAUCAAAUGAGCUUUCGCGCGUUCUGAUUGGCUAAUUGACUAGUAAAUCUUUAUCACCUGCAUGUCUAGUAAAUACUGCUUUUCAAAAAGACUGAUUCGGCAAAUUUGGUUUCAAAAAAUUGAAAAAAUCGUCCCCAGAAAACCAAAAAAGCAGAAAAUGUUGCAUCUAACAGGAUUCCUUUAUUAUUUUAGUGUGCCAAACAUAUUCACGGACAAUUUCAACUUAUUUAAAACUCCGAAACAUUUGCUUCAAACAAAUAGCAAAAACUAUCCCGACUGUUGGGAAAAACCUUGCUGUGAUUUUUUUUUAAAUUCAUUUUGUUUUGUAUCCUAUAGAUUUCUCAAUUAAUUUGUACGAUACUAUUUCUUUUCAUAUGUCAUGUUUUCAUUGUGCUGUAUGGUGUUUUGACCGCCGUGUUGUGUUUUCGAAUUUACUUGUAAAGUGAAAAGUGUUAUUAAAACUUUAUUUCGAACGAUAUAGUUUACAUUUCAUUUUACCAAAUUCCUCAGCCAUUUCCUGAAGAAAUUAAUGGUAAACAAAAAGUCUGGUGAAAAGCCUUCCGUCAAUGUAUUUAUAUUCUACGCAGAAAUCGAGAAAAACUACCAUGUAAUAAAGCAAUAAAGUCACACAAGAAGCCAUUUUGAAAGCGUGUGCGUACAAGAAACACUGCAACACUACUGAUUAGUGACAGUAAAUUAUAACCGUGAACCAUAUAGGAAGCGCAAACAAGCGGGUUUUAUUCAAUAAAAGCGUGAACAGGCCGAAAACAGUUUUAUUUCCGAAUUUUAAUUAAAUUGAUAUUUGGAUGCCGUAAACCUCCGACUAUAAGUCCCCCUCGAAUAUAAGCCACCUCCCAAUACAGUGUAAGCCCACCACAUAUACUAACGCUCACCUUAUUCCAAAUAAUUAUAAGCCCUCCCCGAAUAUAAGCCCCCCCCAUGCACAUAUAAGUCCCCCAAAUAUAAACCCAGUAGCCCACUACGUUAUUCAACAUUGACAUUGUCUUUUAAUAUAGCAGAGAACGAUAUUUAAAAACAUUGUCAUUGUGUUUAUUGCCGACUAUGUGAAUCAAAGGGCGUUAUUAACACAAGUAGUUUAUUUUCCUGUUUGUGACCGACUUGUUUAUGUCCGACUUGUUUAUUAAUAACACAAAAGAUCGUCCACCUAUUAGCCCCCGUAUAUAAGGCCCCCCUUGUAUAAGCCCAUCAAAAAUGGCUUACGAAAGUAUAUAAGCCCAGGGCUUAUAGUCUGAGGUUUACGGUAUUUUGUUUUAUUCAUUAAAAAUUUAUACUGAAACAAUUAUUCGCCGAAGGCGUAGUGAUUACCGGUGAAUACUCACCGUAAUCACAGCUAAGCCGUGAGGUGAAUAUUCACCGCAAUGACAUAGCCAAUAACCGAAGUGUACAAGCUUCGUAAAACAUUUCUUUAGUCAGCUUUACCCUGGCUAACCAUCCCAGAAGACUGUUUUGUAAAUAAUGUAAAUAUUUAUUAAAUUGUAAAUGUAUUCAUCUCUCGUUAGUUCUGUUUUCAUAUGUAAAUGGCAGUAUAAUCUUACCUUUUUAUGUUUGUAAAUAUUGAAACAUUGUGCAGGGCUGUAUGUUAGAUCACUAUUAAUAAAAGUAACUUUUUUCUUACUUAUUCCUCAUAUAACCCAAAUGGGUGAUCCCAGCUAUAGACUAAAUUUUGAUCAAUGCAUGAAAAACGAGAUCCAACACCACAGCUAGAAAGAGCGCCUUAGAAUGAGUAAAACUGCAAAAUUGGUUGCAAAAUGUUGUACGUAAAAUGAAGAAAAUAUAGCCCUGUGAAGCUUGCAAAUAUAUUUUGUAUUUUCGGCUCAAAAAUGGUUAUCUUUCCCGCGCGUAAUGCAAAUACAUACAAAAUUGGCGAACUUCACAGAGCUAUAGUUUCCUCAUUUUAUAACAAUUCGCAAACAAACUUUGCAAUUUUACUCAUUUUAAGAUGCUCUUUUUAGCUAUGGUAAUGGAUAUCGUUCUUCUUGUUUAGAUCAAAAUUUUAUCUAUAGCUGGAAUUAUCCAUUACAGCACUCUGUAUAUUCAGUGCCGUAGCCAGCUUGAUAAUUGGGGGGGGGGCAGAUAUUCAUAUAUUCGUGUUUACAGACCAUAAAAACAAUGGAUUUCAAAAGAAAUUAAAAACGCAGAACACGAAUAUAUGAAUAUCUGCCCCCCCAAUUAUCAAGCUGGCUACGGCACUGCCUGUAUUUUCUCUUGUUGAUUGACAUUGAUAUAAAGAUUGAGAAAAUCACAUUUGUCCGGAAAAAACCCUCACUGCAAUUUCGCCGCCUCAUGCAAUGGAAGGGAUUACUAUAAUGAACAUUUACUUUAAAACGACGUGUUUUUUUUUGUAUUUGUAGGAUGGUACGUUUUCCGCCGAUUCUUCAUACGAAGAAAAGUGUGUGCUUUGUAAAAGUGCCCAAUGCCAACCCACAAUGGGUCUCAUCAGAAAAUGUAAUGGCACUGUCGAUAAUCAGUGUGGUUGUCUUAAACCAAACCAAUUCCAUCAUUUCUCCACUGACUCAUGUAGAGUUUGUCCAGGUUGUCCUCCUGGGGAAUUCCCAGUGAGACCAUGCAGUGGAGAAACCAUUUGUUCUCGUUGUCGGAAGGUAAGUCUGGGAAAUCUUUGCGUGUUAAAACCGAAACGAUUGGUGAACUACUGAAAUCGUAUUUUUGCUUUGAUUUCUUGUGCGAUUUUCUUCUUGUGAUGGAUGUGAACGUGUGAAUGAAUUAUGAAUGUUCAGAUGAAGGAACAUGUGCUCAGAACGUUCAUGACUCAUCUACACCUUCACAUUCAGACGAAGAAAUCGCACUAGAUAUCGCAGCGAAAUUUGCAAGUGUAAACGGCCUUUUAAUAAAAUCUUGAAAAAAUGUUUAUAUGCAGGAUAAUUGAUAAUUCAGCCAAUAAUGAAUUACCUUUAAUUUUUGUGAGUUUUUGAGCUUUGUUUACUGCAUGUGUCGACUAAACACACGCUCAAAAACGUGAAUUUGAUAGUUUAUCCCAUGCAGUGCAGUACAGUGUACAUUACACUUCGACUACUAGACUGCGGCAGAUUUGUGCGGUAAAACUGCAAAAUAUAUUUAUAUUUUUAAUAUUUAACGUCAUUAGAAACCGUUUCCCAUGCACUGACGCAAAAUGAAACGCCAGAAACUUAGCUAGGUUGUUACCAAGAUAACGCCAAACGUUGGGAACUUUUCAAUUUCUGAUAAUCCUUUCUAUAAAUUACACUGACUGAUAAUCGGUAUGUCCAAUUGCAAGAUUUUACUUUUCGUCAUGUAGAGCGUUUGCACGUGACGUCAUGUUGGUGCGACAAUUCAAAAUAAUUUUAAUUAGACUCUUUUGUCUGGAACACCAACAUGGCCGCCAUGUCUUUUGUUGAGUUGGUCCCUGGGGGAUGAGUUCAAACCAGCAAACGCUCUUUUCCAAUUCACGUAUAAUAGAAAAUUUGGCUAACGUAAUUUGUUUUAUCAUAUCGUUGCUACCCUAUUCGCAACUUUAGAUGACUCACAUGCCACUAUUAUUCUUGUUUACAGUCUUUACAGAAGCAUCGAAUGAACUUGGAAAACAAAAUUAACUAGGAUUAGAGUUAUGUACUGUACUGUAAUACGAGAGGACUUUGCUCGCAGGGUAGUACUGUAUAAGAGUUAUUCACUCAAUGUAGAUAAUUCUAAAGCUUAGUUACCUUUGUUCUAUUCUUAUACCAUGCUUCUAUAUAUACCAGAACAAUGAUAUGUGAGUUAUCUAAAGUUGUAAAUUGGGUAUAAAACAAACGUUAGCCAAACUUGUCUGGUGCUUAAAUCUAUUCAGUUUUCAAAAUAUUUAUUUGUGAAAAUUUUAUUUUCUAUACUUGGCAAGUUACUUUUGUCAAUCAAUUUUCAUUUCAGUUUCAGCUUCUUUUCAAUUCAUGCAUUUGGUUACGGCAUAUAAGAAACUGCCAAAACUGUAUAAGAAAAUCUCAAGUGCGAUUGUACAAUUUAAAAGAGAACUUAAUAUUGGCCCAUUUUAUAAAUGAACGAAACUCGUGUCAGAACUGCAAAUUGUCAAAAAUUAAUGGGUACCUACCAUUCCGAAAAAUGGCAUCUUGGGAAAUUCAAAACAUGGAUUAAAAAUUUACCACAUUCUAAAAUGUACUAAAAUACUCUGGUUAAAACUACUGGCUAACUUAGAAAUACCACUAUUUAAGUUAAUUUAAUAUUCCGCAGGUAUCUGGGUUAUAUUUGACCUACUAACAAUCCUGGCAAAAAUCAUUGUGGGCACCGCGUGCGUCAAACAAAAAUAGAUGCAUUUCUACAGAAUUAAUCCCCAGAAAAUUUCUCCCCCUCCUACCCCCAAUUCAAUGUUGGUAGAUGAAACUUUAAAAUUUAAAUGCGAGAAACAACAUUGAAUAGAGGGCAGGGGGUGACAAAUUUCAUGAAAGAACGUCUCAAUGUUAAUAUUGGGGUUAGAAAAGUUUGGUGUCCACAUAGUUCUUGCCAGGAUUGUAGGUGUCUGAUUAUAUUUGUACCCAGUGAAUCAUUAUAUAUACCGAACGUAAAAAGCUAUCAACUAUUAAUCCAGCUUUCAAUAUUAUCGUAUGACAGUUGUACAUACACCAAUUUAUUUAUUUGUAUACUUUCUUUUUUGAAGAAUUAUUUUUCGAACAAGACGGAAAAUUAUAAUACAAUGUGUAUAAAAUGCACCCGAUGUAGAAUUUAUGAAACGAUGUGCACAACAACGCAAGAUGCUGUGUGUGGAAAAAAUGUCUUUACAACGGCAGCUGUGUUUACAACCCCACAGCGACAAGCCUUUGUGGAUGGCACACCUACUGUAAAAACAGGUAAUGCAGCAGAAUUAUUGAUCAUUUUACCCAGCGAUAAUAUAACAGAUUGUUGCAAUGAAGAAAAUGGAUGAAACAUUCCAUGCACAAUUUUCCAUGCACAAUACACAUUCAAUGCACAAUGCCAUUCAUAACAAUUAUAUCAGAGGAUGGUGAAUGGAAUUUUUUACUCCAAAUAUGUAAGAGUUAUUUACCAAGACCCAGGGCCUCUCAGAGGGGGGGGGGGCAAAGGGGGCAAUUUGCCCUUGGGUUCCCAAUUAUAGGGCCCCCCAAAUUUGCAAGGGAGGGGGGGGCAAAAACGGUGUAAUUAAAAAUCAUUAUUUCGAACGUUUUUUAUAUAAAUAAUGAUAUGAGGAAACAUUUUUAGUCCUUAAUUUUGCUGAUGUGUUUUACGCGUGUUUCUACUGGUAUUUGUCGGGAAAAAUUUGAACUUUUUCGGGGCAUUUAGGGUUAGGGGUUAGGGUUAAAAUUUGCUUCAAAUAGUUGAAAGGGUUAGGGUUCGGUUAAUAGGUUUAGAUUUUGAGGUUAAGGCAAAAUUUCCCCUGGAAUUAAAAUUUGCCCGGGUCCCCGAAUUUCUCUGGGAGGCCGAGACGAGACCAAAGGGUUUAUCUUACUCGACUCGAAAAUAUAUAUACAAGAUUCAUAUCUUUCCGCUACCGUGCGAUAUCCUCCAUAUAACUGUAUGCUAUAUUUCACAGUUUGUUUCAGAUCUCUGUUUUUUAAACAUAAAUAUAAGACAUUCAUUACAGAACCGAGUCUUUUUCAGAAUUCUGUAUUUGUAAUGCAGUUCUGUAAGACGAUGAUUAACCAAGAUUAGUAUAAUUACAUAGGUGAUUAUUGAAAAUUCUCCACGCUGAUUGGUUAAUUACCGUUGAGGUGAUUAUUACGCGAUAAUCACCUCAGCGAUUUUCAAAAUGGCGGCCGAAGCCGUUUUGUCAAUUAAAAGACGAAUAAAUGUGCAUUUUUAAAUUUUUUUCCAAAUAAUCACCUAUGAAAUUAUACUAAAACAAUUAUUCACCUCAGUCUCGGUGAUUAUCGUGAAUAAAAACCUCGACUUCGUCUCGGUUUUUAUUCACCGAUAAUCACCUCGCCUUCGGCAAAUAAUUGUUAAUUAUUUAAUUAAGGAAUCGGAACAAAUUCUCAAAACUAUAAAUCUUGGGUUUGCAUAAAUUCAUAAUUGUCUACGUUGCGUGUAAAUGAAAAUUUGGAGUGUAAAUUUUAUGCGUUUAUCUAUAUAUAUAUAUAUAUAUAUAUAUAUAUAUAUAUAUAUAUAUAUAUAUAUAUAUAUAUAUAUAUAUAUAUAUAUAUAUAUAUAUAUAUAUAUAUAUAUAUAUAUAUAUGGUGAAGCGUAUCGGUAAAUAUCAGGAUUUUUUCAUGGCAUCUCACUCGAUCGAACUAAUUCUGACGUCUUCGUAGAUGGAAAUUUCGAUGGAAAGUUCAGAGGUCGACAACUGGACUCUGUAACCCGGUUUACACGGCAAACGUUUUGGGAACGGUACCCAUAAAAAUGGAUUUUCGUUUCUGUCAGCUAUAUACUUGUACUGUUAAUAUAAUUUUGCACAAAGAUUUGCUGAAUUUAGACUGCAUCAAAAUCAAGAUUUUCAAAAAAAGUUUUAAAAGUUUAAAAAGCAAAAAAAGUUUAAAAAGUUAAAUUGUCAAAACAGUUUAAAAAAGUUGGAUUAGGGUUAGGGAUUGCGGUUGGGCUUAGCGUUAGGGUUUAGAUGCCGCGAAUUUAUCAUAUUGAUGUCGGACGUGUUUAACAAUUUACUCAUGAUCAUAUAGUAAAUUCAAAGGUGGAGCUCAUGCUGUAAAUUAAGUAUAGCUUGUCAACAUUGUCGUGUAAGCGGGUACGUGGUGAAGUGAUUUGGCGGACUAGAUGUGCCGAGCCGAAAACGCUUGUUGUUUUAACCGGCCUUGCAGUUCAGUUGCUUAGAGCGCUGAACCGGAAUCGCAGGGCCGCAAGUUCGCUUCCCACUAAAGGGCUUAUAGUUACAGUACAUUUGUCUCAGGUGCUCCUGGUUUUUGUCCGGAGGUGAACAGUACAAGGAUAUCCGGAUCUGAGCAGCAAAUCAAAUUGUGUGAAGUAUAUAUAUAUAUAUUGAUUAUACUUCACAUUAACUCUUGAAAUUGAUGACAAAAAAUGCUUUAUUUUAACGUCAUUCGUCAUUAAUUUUGUCUUCAAAAAUUUACCUCGCGUCUCGGCCUUACUUGGCAUAUGAUGAUAUGAAACACUCGUAAUCUUAUCUUAAAUACAGCAUAAGCCAAAUCACAUUGCGCAACGCGGAAUAACUCCUCACUUAAAGUUUUCGGUUACUUCAGGAACUUGUCGCCUGUUUCUUCAACUCUUCAACUUAUUUAUCUUACAGAAAAGUGGCCGACUACCACAGAUUUGCAGUCCAAAGAAAAAAAUAAAGUUGACCCAAUUAUAAUAAUUGUCACAUUGUGCACGUGUGUGAUAACAGUAUUCAUAAUUGUCGCUGUGGUUUUGUGGAGAAAGAAAAAGGAAACAAAUUGUUUGAGAACUCGGGGUUUUACCAUAAUUGAAGAAUCCAGAGCAAAGCCAAGUUUUUCAUUUGGAGGUUCGUGA